AUGGAUGAGAUGAACUUAAUCAAUGGAACUUCUAAGAUGCUCUCAGUUCUUGAUCCAGCUCUUCAUCCAAGUGCAGAGGCAGCGGCUUCCAUAUUAAUCGAGCGUUUCAACUUGUACACCAGUUCGCAGUACGGCCAGGCCCUACUCACGUCUCAAGACAAGGCCAAUCGCUUGCUCAGUUUAUUGCCACCAGAUUUGCAUGUAGCCCGCGAUGAAUUAGCUGGCCACUGGAGCUACUCAGAAGACUUUAUUGGGAAUGAAUCCGAAGAUUCUCGAAGGCAAAAAGUGUCUGAGGAGGCUGGUUUGAAUCAAAGGCCCCAUGGGGUUGAUCUCUCGGUAAAGCGAUGGAAUACACUAAAAACGUUCUUAGCCAAAACGAAUAGACAAACUGUCACCAAGACCAUUGCUCUUAACUAUCUUUAUCCACGAUUGGAUGUCAAUGUUACUACAGGUGGGCCUAAACAUAUUUAA